AUGCCAGUCGUGACCGCUCAAGGUCCUGCAGCAGGAACUGGCGAGACCGUCCCAGCGCCUGUCGAGACUUCUCCAUCACCUCAACCACCGGCCACCACAACUUCGAGUAACCAGAAUUCGAAUGCAAAAAUUCAGGAGCAAGUGAAGGUUGUCAUUAAUGAUUUGGCCAAGAAGCUGCACGUGCCACCGUCAGCAGUUAUCGCGAUGGUGGUGGGCUUCGUCCUUUUCCUUCUCCUCAUUCUCUACUGCAUCUGCAAGCGUGGCAUCUUCAAGCGACGCAAGAAAGAAAAGCCUGGAAAGAAGAAGGUGGACAUGAAGUCGGUUCAGUUGUUGGGUAAACAAUUGGGCAAAGAUCAAGUUAGUUCCUCUCAUUUCGAUUGCCUUUUGCAGCUAAAUUAUGGUUUAACUUUCUCUAAAUUUUCAUCGCAAAAUCCUCCAGAGCUAAUGGAAAACUCACAACUGUCAGACCUUAACCAACCUUUGAUAAACUAG